AUGGACGCCUCCUCCCUCCGCAUCUCCAAGUUCGAUGGAACUAACUUCCACGCCUGGAAGUUCAAGAUGCAGAUGGUGCUGGAGGAACGGGACCUAUGGGAGGUCGUCAGCGGUGAGAUCAAGGCGGAACAGUGCGAGACUCAGUUGGACCAAGCGACGUACAAGAGGAAGUCAAGAAAGGCGAUGGCAGUGAUCUGUCUAGCCAUGGAAGAUUCCCAGCUACCGUUGGUCUGGUCGGCAAGUGGUGCAUGCGACGCAUGGUCAAGGUUGGAAGACCACUUCGAGAAGAAGAGUCUUGCCAACAAGCUGUUCUUGCGCCGUCGCUUCUUCACGACAAUGAUGGAAGAAGGCGACGAUGUGCUCGAACACAUCAACAAGCUCAAGACGCUGGCGGAACAGCUAGAAGCGGUGGGGGCUCCAGUCUGCGAGGACGAUCUGGUGAUCACACUCCUCGGCAGCCUGAGUGACUCGUAUCAAUUCUUGAUCACAGCUUUGGAGUCGCGCUCAGACACUCUUAGCUGGGAGCUCGUGACGUCUCGAUUGCUUCAUGAAGAAAUGAAGCGGAAGGAGCAAGGAAGUAAAGGUGAUGAAGCUUCGCAAGGUCAAGCGUUCAUCACAAGGGACAAUCAGCGCAAAGGGCGACCAGUGAAGAAGUCCUGGCCGUGCCACAAUUGCGGAAAGAUUGGUCACUGGAUGGCGGAGUGCCCCUCGCGCAUCCAAGAAAACACGGAGAGACACCGGCCACAGCGUGCUCAAGACAGCGGCGACCGCUAUCGAUCACAACGUGCAAACGUCGCUCAAGAAGAAGACUCGGGCGACUACCUCUUUCGAUCGGUGAAACGACAUCUGCGAAAUCGAGCGACAUCUGGCUGGUCGACUCCGGGGCGACGCAGCACAUGA